AUGUCAUUUACCUCGACUCUCACCCUUGCUCAUUCGGCAUCAAAUAACAGAACUCGUCUUUUAUCUGAAUCGACGACAGCUGGUCUGUUCAUGGAUUUCACAGGUAUUUUAUUUGGAUUUCUGGUCAUUAUCGUUGUUGUUCUGUUCUUGGGUGCUUUGAAUUACUUUUUGAGUCGUUCCCAAUCAAAUACACAGUCGCAAACGUCCAGCAGUCGAACGAAUGCUUGCAGUAUGCGACGAAAACAAGCGCGACUAGCGAAGAAAAAUCAGCGUUUACAACAAGCAAAUACGAUAAACGAGAAUUUAAAUAGUAAUACUAAUGAGAAACAUGAAGCACAAUCAACGAUAUCGAAGGGUGAGGGUGGAGGAGAAGAAGAAGAAGAACAAUCAUCCGUACAACCAACUGAUGAUGACAACGAAGAAUUCUAUGAUGCUAUGAAAAAUGAUGAGGUUAUUAACGAUUCUCCUUCGACAUCUAUUCCACCUGACGAAGAACCACUUGUACCGGUUAAACAGCGGAAAAAGAACAAAGUCAAUAGUAAACCUUCGAUUGAAUCAAUUCUACCGAAACCACAAGCAAGUGUUGUGCCCGUCAAGCAAACCCAAACAUCUAUUCCUUCACCAAACAUUCCAAUCGACCAAAACUCUAAGUCAAAUGCCCGUUUACCACCGUCGUACAAUCUCUAUGCAUAUCCAACACAGAAAUCCUUACCACCUCGAUUUCAACAGCGGCAACAUCGAGAUUUGAAUUCGGCAGAGAAACUUCGAAGAAGAAAACCAUCAACACCCAUCAGAAAAUCAGCAAUUCAACCCGAAGCAGCCGCGAGACAAAACGAUUUUGUACCAUUAUCCAUCAGACAGCAAACAUCAAAUAAGAAUAAUCAUCUUGAAUCUUCUCAUCACAAUGGAUAUUCAUCCGAAUCAGAUAAUUUAUCCGAAACACCCUCAACCAUACACACUGAUAAUGCAAAACGUAGUUCAACUAUCUCAACUUCGACCGAUUCUCAACUGGAUCUAGUUCGUUCAUUGUCGACAUCAAAUAGUUUUGUUAAUGACUUGGUCACUUUAUUCGACCGAGUUCCAUUUUCCUCCGAUGAAUUGGAACUAAUUCUAAACAAAAUCUCGACAAAACAACUGUUGAAUCGACAAGACUGGCAACGGUUAUUGGCGACGAACUCAGCGAAAAAUGACAAAACGAUCGAAAGGAUUCUCGACGAAACUUACCGAAGCCAAGCAAAAAUUCUCGCUAUCGAAUUGCAAAAUGAGAAAAAUCGCGUUUUAGAAUUGACAAAAACGAAUGCAGAAAUGGAGAACACCGUCCGACAGUUACAACAACCGAACAACAGUCUUAUACCAUAUCAACAAACAAUUCAUUCAUAUCAAAUGCAACUUCGACGAUUAACAGACGAUAACACGCGUUUAGCUCAUCAGUUACACGCGUAUUCGAUGAUGCCAGGAUCGAUUAAUGAACUAAAACAACAACAACAAAUUCUUCAAGAACAAUUACAACAGCUAACACAAAGAAACAGCGCGUUAGAACAGGAAAUCGCCGAUGGACAACUUGCCAGUAAACAUGCAGCUGAAAUCUAUAAGAAAGCUGAUGCACAGAAACAAGAGCGAAUCGAACAAAUGCUUAUCGAUUUAAAUAAGUACAAGAAAAUCGAUAAAGAUUUGGCGGCACUUCAGCAGAAACACAAAGGAUUGGAGAAAAGUUCAAAAACGAAAUUAAACGAUUUGAUACAAGAACGAAAUGAAUUGCAAAAGUCGUGCGAAAAACUUCAAGAACAACUGCAACAAGACGAACAAAUUAAACAUCAAUACGAUGAAUUGGUGCAGAAUCAAACUCAAGUUGCGAAUCUCGAUGAACUUCAGCAGGAAUUAGCGGAAGUAAAAGCGAAAAACGAUACACUUCGACAACGAAAUCUGAAAAUCAUGGAACAAUUGAACAAACUUCGAAACAACAAUUCAGAAAAUCAAACAAUCUCCACCGAUGCAAUCUGA